CGCAGAACCUCUCCUCCUCCUCCUCCUCCUCCUCCUCCUCCCCCGGCCUGAGAAUAGAAUAGAAUUGGAGACGGAGAUACCCAAGGGUAUAAAAAUGGGUCAGGCCCCUCUGAAGAAACUCUCGCCGUUUUCUGCUUCUUCCAAGCGCUCUCGUUCUCUUCCUUCUUCUUCUUCUCCUUCCGCUCCUUCUCCUUCUCCUUCUCCUUCUCCUUCUCCUUCUCCGUUUCUCUCUGGCUCUGCUUCCACUCGCCACUCCCUCCGACAGGGAUCUCUCCGACAAGGAUCUCUCCGACAGGGCUCUCUCCGACAGGGCUCUCUGCGGCAGGGCUCUCUCCGACAGGGUUCUCUCCGACGCGGAUUCUUCGGCGCCAGAACAAUGUCUUCCCAUAUUGUUGGAUAUCCCCGCAUUGGGCCCAAGAGGGAACUUAAGUUUGCAUUGGAGUCCUUCUGGGAUGGCAAGAGCAGUGCUGACGAAUUGCAAAAGGUUGCAGCUGACCUUAGAGCAUCCAUAUGGAAGCAAAUGGCUGAGGCAGGAAUCAAGUAUAUUCCUAGCAACACCUUCUCAUAUUAUGACCAAGUAUUGGAUACCACAGCCAUGCUUGGGGCUGUUCCACCUAGAUAUGACUGGGAAGGUGGUGAGGUCGGAUUUGAUAUUUACUUUUCCAUGGCACGGGGUAAUGCUUCUGCCCCUGCAAUGGAAAUGACCAAGUGGUUUGAUACGAAUUACCAUUACAUUGUUCCUGAGUUGGGUCCUGAUGUCAAAUUCUCUUAUGCAUCUCACAAGGCUGUGAGUGAAUUUAUGGAGGCAAAAGCACUUGGUAUAGACACAAUUCCUGUUCUCCUUGGUCCUGUCACUUACUUGCUUCUGUCAAAACCAGCAAAGGGUGUUGAAAAAUCAUUCUCUCUUCUUUCUCUGAUCAACAAGAUUCUUCCCGUUUACCAAGAAGUUUUGGCUAAGCUAAAAUCUGCUGGAGCUAGAUGGAUUCAGUUUGAUGAGCCUGCACUUGUGAUGGAUCUGGACACCAACCAAUUACAGGCAUUCUCUGAUGCCUACUCUCAAAUGGAGUCAUCGUUGGCUGGGCUGAAUGUUCUUGUUGCUACGUACUUUGCGGAUGUUCCUUCGCCUGAAGCAUACAAGAUGCUAACAUCCUUGAAGUGUGUAACUGGAUCUGGAUUUGACUUGGUUCGUGGGACAAAGACUCUUGACUUAAUCAAGGAGAACUUUCCUCCUGGAAGGCUACUAUUUGCUGGAGUUGUUGAUGGAAGGAACGUUUGGGCAAAUGAUCUGUCUGCUUCGCUCAAAACAUUGCAGACUCUUGAGGGCAUUAUUGGAGAGGAAAAAGUUGUGGUCUCUACUUCUUGCUCUCUGCUCCAUACAGCUGUGGACUUGGCGAACGAGACAAGACUUGACAGGGAGCUUAAGUCUUGGCUUGCAUUUGCUGCACAGAAGGUUGUUGAAGUGAAUGCUCUUGCCAAAGCAUUGUCUGGAUUAAAGGAUGAGGGAUUGUUUUCCGUCAAUUCCAUGGCUCAAGCAUCAAGAAGAUCAUCUCCAAGGGUGACCAAUGCUUCUGUACAACAGGCCGCUGCUGCACUAAAGCGGAAUGAUCACCGCCGUGCCACAGAAGUAAGUGCAAGGCUACAGGCUCAGCAGAAGAAGCUAAACUUUCCUGCUCUUCCAACAACUACAAUUGGAUCUUUUCCUCAGACCCCUGAUGUCAGAAGGAUACGCAAGGAUUACAAGACCAAAAAGAUAUCCGAAAUUGAUUAUGUUCAGGCUAUCAAGGAGAAUAUUCAAAAGGUUGUGAAGCUCCAAGAAGAGCUCGGAAUUGAUGUAUUGGUGCAUGGAGAGCCAGAGAGAAAUGAUAUGGUGGAGUAUUUUGGUGAGCAACUGUCAGGCUUCGCUUUCACAUUGAAUGGGUGGGUCCAAUCAUAUGGGUCUCGCUGUGUCAAGCCGCCUAUCAUCUAUGGUGAUGUUACCCGGCCAAAGGCAAUGACUGUCUUCUGGUCAUCCAUGGCGCAGAAAAUGACAAAACGUCCCAUGAAGGGGAUGCUCACAGGCCCUGUGACAAUUCUUAAUUGGUCUUUUGUUAGAAAUGACCAACCCAGGAACGAGACAUGUUACCAAAUUGCAAUGGCCAUUAAAGACGAAGUCAGGGACCUUGAGAAGGCCGGUAUCACUGUUAUCCAGAUCGAUGAAGCUGCUUUGAGAGAGGGAUUGCCUCUUAGGAAGUCUGAACAAGAUUUUUACCUCGAUUGGGCCGUUCAUGCCUUCAGAAUAACAAAUUGUGAUGUGCAAGACACAACUCAGAUCCACACCCACAUGUGUUACUCAAACUUCAAUGACAUAAUCCACUCGAUCAUAGACAUGGAUGCUGAUGUGAUCACAAUUGAGAACUCACGUUCGGACGAGAAGCUUCUAUCCGUCUUCCACGAAGGAGUCAAGUAUGAUGCUGGAAUUGGCCCUGGGGUAUAUGACAUUCACUCUCCUCGUAUUCCUUCCACUGAAGAAAUAGCUGACCGUAUCAAGAAGAUGCUUGAGGUUCUGGCCAGCAACGUCCUUUGGGUGAACCCCGACUGCGGGCUAAAGACACGGAAGUACUCUGAAGUUAAGCCCGCACUUAGCAACAUGGUUGCUGCCGCCAAGCUCAUUCGCUCUCAGCUAGAUAAGUCCUAAAGUUUCUCCAUCAGGCCAAUCAUUGUCUUUCACGUCCGAUUGGUUGCGGUUGGGAGUAUCAACGUUUUGAUUGCAUUUCUUGGCAAUUGUGAGCGAUUAGUGUUCAGUGGUUGACAAAUUGUGGUGGACAAUGAUUGUUGGUGGUUGCGAAUAGAAGUGAAUGUUGACUAUAAUUGCGAUUGUGGUUUGAUGUAAAUUACUAAAAAGUAUAUAAUUUUAAUGUAUAUUUUUUUAAAUUA